AUGGCAAGUAGCAAUCUGCCCGGAGUAAAUCUUCCAAUUCUAACUGAUAAGAAUUGGGAUCGAUGGAAUUCUCAGAUGAAAGUUCUAUUUGGGUUUCAAGAUGUUCUUGAUGUUAUAGAGAAUGGGUUUCAACCACUGACCCAAGACAUGAUUGAAGAACAGAAGACUCUUCAUAACGAGAUGAAGAAGAAGGAUUGUAAGGCGAUGUUUCUCAUUCAUCAAUGCGUUGAUGAUACGCAUUUUGAGAAAAUAGCAAAUGCAUCUUCAGCAAAGGAGAUGUGGGACAUUAUACAGAAAGUUCAUAGUGGCAGUGACAAGGUAAAGAAGGUAAAGUUGCAAACUCUUCGAAGACAGUAUGAAGGUCUUCAGAUGGAGGAGAAUGAAAAGGUUGGUGAAUACUUCACCAAGAUCCUAACCACUGUCAAUUUAAUGAAGGGCUGUGGAGAAAAGAUCACUGAUGUGAUGGUGAUAGAGAAAAUCAUGAGGUCCUUGGCUCCUAAAUUUGACUACAUCGUAGUGGCAAUUGAGGAAUCUAAAGAUGUGGACAACAUGAAGAUAGAAGAGUUGCAGAGUUCAUUGGAAGCACAUGAGAUGCGCCUUGCUGAUCGUAAUUCUGUGAAAGUUGCAGAACAAGCUUUGAAGGUUGGUCUGGACAAUCAUGAUGGCAAAAAGAAGAAGUGGACAGGCAAAGGAAAGUCCGACAACAAGUCAAAGUGGUCUCAAGGUAAUUCUGACAAGCCAGAAUCGUCCAAAAGGAGAGGUGAAUCUGCAAAGAAUGGUGGCAAUCAGAGGAAGACUGAUAAGAAGAAUGUUGAAUGCUACAAGUGUCACAAGAUGGGACACUACUCCUAUGAGUGUCGCGCUGGUAAACCAAAACAGCAGAAGAAUGCAGACAAGGAAGCUUAUGCAACAAGGGAAGAUUCUGAUGAAGAUCCUAUAAUGCUAAUGGUCACAACAAUGAAUUCAACAGUGAAUGCUGAAACUGAUGAGAUAUGGUACCUAGACUCAGGCUGUUCCAAUCACAUGACCAGCCACAAUGAAUGGUUGGUAGAUCUGGACAAGACGAGGACUGGCAGAGUAAAAUUUGCUGAUAACAGGACACUUCAGAUAAAAGGGAAAGGAGAUGUAGUCAUUCCAAGGAGGAAUGGUAAGACUGCGGUUAUCAAAGAUGUUUUCUAUGUUCCAGAGUUAAAGUGCAAUUUGAUGAGUAUUGGUCAGCUAGUGGAGAAAGGGUACAACUUUGACACGAAGAAUAGGAAGCUUCAUCUGUAUGAUCCUGAGGAAAGGCUAGUUCUGAAUGCUAAUCUCACAAAGAACAAAACCUUUCAGGUCAAUAUGAAAGCUGCUGAAAUUAAAUGUUUUGCUGCACAAGAACCUGAAGAAUAA